CCGCGGCAGAUACCGCAGCAGUGGCGCUCGCUGAUAAAGCAACUAAUCAUGAUUGCGUCAGACUCGUCACAUAUUCCUCAUGUAUAGAUAUCCCGAUCAGUCCUCGAGAUCAUUCAGUUAGUCAUGCACCAUCUCAACCCAUGUAUAAGCAUCUCAGCUAGUGUUUCCAACUCAUCGAAUCUCCCACUUCGACGACAUGCCUCACGAACAGAUCACCCUUUACACCGCGAAGAUAUGCCCCUACGCUCAGAGGACUGAAAUUGCCCUCGCUGAGGUUGGUGCCCCGUUCAAAAGAUACGAGAUCGAUCUGGGGAAUAAGCCAGAGUGGUACGCCCCAAAGGUGAACCCUGCCAGCAAGGUGCCAGCUAUCGCUUAUGGUGGUCCCGAUGUUCCCCCAGAAAAUCCUUCUCCCGAGUCUACCAAAUUGGCAGAGUCGCUGAUCCUUGUCGAGUUCAUCGGCGAUUUGUACCCCUCCUCCGGUAUCGUACCUGCGAACCCCGUGCAGCGCGCCCAGGCCCGUUUCUUCAUCGAGGUCGUGUCCACCAAGUUCGGUCCCAAUUUCAUGAAGUUUGCAUCCGGUAACCCGGAAGGCACCCAUACUGUUCUCUUGGCCGGCGUGGAUGCCAUUCAGGACCUUCUACCUGACGGGGUAAAAUAUGCUGUCAACGACCAGUACACCAUUGCAGACAUCGCAUUGGCCCCGUUUUGGGCAAGAUUGACCGUGAUGGUGCAGAAGGGAAUUGGUGCCUACAAAGAUGAGGAAAGGAAGAGCUUCUUGAAAGCUCUGGAGGACCCUAAGUAUGCGAAAUUUAAUGGUUAUGUGCAAAGAUUGCUAGCAAGGCAGAGCUUCAAGUCCACAUUCCACGAGGACGUUGUGGCAGAGAUUUUCACGAAGAGGUUCGGCUUGGCUAAAUAAGCACAUAAGUGGAUAUUGUCAUAUGUAACAUACAACGUUUGCGCACCAUUAACCAUCAUUUGAGCGUUUCAGACUGAUUUCUAUCGAGUGGCCGAUAGGCUCGAGAUCCCGCGGCAUUGAUUCGCUUUCACACGUGUGCACUCUA